CGCUGCUCCGAGUCACAACAACUGUCAAGCUGAUUUUUCUCACCUUUGACACGUCGCCCUCUUUACCCCCAGAUCUUGUGAGCUUCGUUGGUCUCAUCUUCAGCUUCCACCACACCUCGCUUGCAUUCCUUAUAUACACUCCAAGCUUCGCGCCUUUGACCACUCCUUGUUCAAGCACUGUUGAGAUCUUUCACCAUGUCUGAGAACGGUGAGACUUUCGACAAUGGCGAUGCCUUCGAAACGUCGGCAAUGAAGACGGUGAUCGAGUCUGCGACGAUUCCAGCACCUCCUCUCAACGCCGCGGACUCCAUGGCCAAGGUCAAGGAGCACGGUUGGGUCGAGCGUACUGCCUACGACUACAAGAAGUUCAGCGAUGAUCGCGAAACUCGUGAAGCUGAAGUUGUUGACGAAGCCGGUCAGCCUGCUCUUAUUGAGGGCGCGGACUGGCUCUCCAGUGCUAUGCGCUACGAGUGGGAUGAUGAGUAUGGUGAUGUCGGCCCGAAGAUUCCAAGACUCGAAGAAGAGCUGUUUGGAAAGACGUUCCGUCAGGAGACUGGUAGUUAUCUCGAUGCUUACGACUUGAAGGUCACUGUCGAAGGUGACAAUCGCCCCCCACCAAUCAUCUCGUUCGAGGAUGCGGGCCUUCAUCCUGUCAUGCUGGAGAACGUCAAGCUUUGUGGUUAUAACAAGCCAACUCCAAUCCAAGGCUAUGUUAUUCCGGCUGUUCUCACUGGCAACGAUGUAGUCGGUUGUGCGCAAACCGGCUCCGGCAAGACCGCCGCAUAUCUCAUCCCUGUUCUUUCCCGCCUCAUGGGUAAAGGCCGCAAGCUUGCAGCCCCUCGCCCAUUGAAGAAAGACUGGACUGAUUCAAACAAGGUACGUGCUGAGCCGCUUGCUGUGAUUGUCUGCCCGACCCGCGAAUUGGCCUGCCAGAUCUUCGAUGAGGCCCGUCGUCUUUGCUAUCGCACACAGCUUCGUCCCUGCGUCAUCUACGGUGGCGUCCCCACUCGUGAGCACAUGAAUGAGAUUCAGCGAGGAUGUGAUAUUCUCAUCGCCACACCUGGUCGUCUGAUGGACUUUAUGGAUCGUCCGAACGUCCUCUCCAUGAACCGCGUCAAGUACACCAUCAUCGACGAGGCAGACGAACUUCUCCACCCUGACUGGGAGAGAGAGAUGAGCUUGAUCAUGUCCGGCGGAGACACCAAUGAGGAUGCUGAUCAUCUGUACAUGAUGUUCUCAGCCACAUUCCCAGCAGCAGCGCGCAAGCUUGCUAUGACCUUCAUGGCUGACGAUUACGUGCGUGUGCGGAUUGGACGAACAGGGUCCACGCACACCAACAUCAAGCAGGCAAUCUGCUACAUUGCCAAAGAACAUAAGCGCGAUGCCCUGUUUGACCUCUUGUUGUCAAUGCCUCCGUCCCGAACCUUGAUCUUUGUCAACUCCGUUCGGAUGGCCGAUAUGUUGGAUGACUUCUUGUACAACAAGGGUCUUCCUUCGACAUCGAUGCAUAGCGGUCGCACCCAGAAGGAGCGUGAGGAUGCUAUUCGUGCGUUCCGCAUGGCGCAAACCCCCAUCAUGGUUGCCACUGGCGUGUCCGCUCGUGGUUUGGACAUCAAGCACGUCAUGCAUGUCAUCAACUUUGAUCUCCCCUCAGCAGCACAUGGAGGAAUUCAGGAGUAUAUCCACCGUAUCGGCCGUACGGCGCGCAUUGGGAACGAGGGACUCGCUACUUCUUUCUAUAACGAGGACAAUGAGGAUAUCGCCGAAGAUCUCUGCAAGGUCAUGCUCGAAGCGAAGCAGCCGAUCCCUGACUUUUUGGAGGGCCGCAUCGACGAGACGGCUUCGAUCCAUUGGGAUGACAAUUCUGACAACGAGGAAUUGCCAGGCACUGGUGGAGCUGCUGAUGCCGAUGAGGUUGUUGACCCCUGGGGAGAUGCUCCUGUGGUCGCGGUUGUAGCACCUGCGGACACUGGUUCCGCCGGCGAUGGUGGGUUUACUAUUGACGAGAAUGCUAUUGCUUGGUAGAUUGGAAUGGUAGGAUACGCAUAUUGGUUGUCCGACCAUAAGCUGUGGCCCUGAUUCGGCUGACUAGACGAUUUGGUAGCUUCUGUGACUGAAUGGUUGGUUGGUCAUAUUAGACUCGGUUGGAAUGAUCACGGAUGCUAUUUAAUC